CUUAUCUUAAAACCCCAUUUAACUAGUCUCUUCUCUUCCAUCGGCCGCCUCAACGAGAGAGGUCUCUUCAUAAUCACCCAAUGGGUCGUGUCAUCCGAGCUCAACGUAAGGGUGCGGGUUCUGUUUUCAAGUCCCACACCCACCAUCGCAAGGGUGCCGCUCGUUUCCGCAGUCUCGACUUUGGUGAACGGAAUGGCUAUCUUAAAGGUGUCGUCACGGAAGUUAUCCACGACCCGGGCCGUGGUGCUCCAUUAGUCCGCGUCGUCUUCCGUCAUCCAUUCCGUUACAAGAAACAGAAGGAACUGUUCGUUGCUGCCGAAGGCAUGUACACUGGACAGUUCGUGUACUGCGGUAAGAAGGCUACUCUUAUGGUCGGGAACGUGUUGCCUCUUAGAUCUAUCCCUGAAGGAGCAGUCGUCUGCAAUGUCGAACAUCACGUUGGUGAUCGUGGUGUUUUCGCUAGGGCUUCUGGUGAUUACGCUAUUGUUAUCAGUCACAAUCCUGAUAACGACACCACCAGGAUCAAGCUUCCAUCUGGUUCUAAGAAGAUUGUUCCGAGUGGGUGUCGUGCAAUGAUUGGCCAGAUUGCAGGAGGUGGAAGGACCGAGAAACCUCUUCUUAAGGCGGGCAGUGCAUACCAUAAGUACAGGGUGAAGAGGAACUGCUGGCCUAAGGUGCGUGGUGUGGCUAUGAAUCCAGUUGAGCAUCCCCAUGGUGGUGGUAACCAUCAACAUAUUGGUCAUGCUAGUACUGUUAGGCGUGAUGCUCCUCCUGGGCAGAAGGUUGGUCUUAUUGCUGCGAGGAGGACUGGUAGGCUCAGAGGACAAGCCGCUGCCACCGCAGCCAAGGCUGAUAAGGCUUAAGCGUAGGGUAUUACUUAUUGUUUUAGUUCUUUUGCCAUUUAUAUUUAGGUUCAUUUUGUUUGAAUUUAAUAAUGCUUGUGUUUUCAAUUUGGAUUGCUUAUUCCCAAGUUCUUUCAUCACUUGAUGCUAA